CGGCCUGCUACAGUACGUGCAGCCUAUUUCUAGCCAUUGUACAUAACAGCCUCUGCAGGCAGGUGCUGUUUAAGCGGGGAGGAGGGGUUUUUUUUCUUGUGAGGUACUCGUGUCGUGGUAACUACAAGCCCGGGAAUAUCGAAUGUGCUAAUAAACUUUGGGACACAGUCAGGUCAGCGGCCUAUCAGAGGAGCGCAAUCAGGCCAUUAUGGAGUCGUGCAUGACCAAGCUGUCUGGGUAUCACGAUAUUUCUAUUGCGCUUCUCUGAUAGGCACUGAUCAUAACCCAAAGUUAACUAGCACAUUCCAUGUUUGCCAGUAAAACGGUAGUCGAGUGAGCAAACCAAGAGCACGGAACGGCCGUACUGUCACCAUGCAAGUCGCCUCUGCUGUCCGUAUCCCAUCGCCUGAGCCGGACGUCGAGCAGGAAGUCCCCCGCAAGCGCAGUCGCUCGCCCUACAACGCCGGCCCGUCGAAGCGUUCACGGCACUACGACGAAAACGACGCCCCUCCACGCCGCGAACGAGGCGGCGACCGCCCACGCGACAAAAACGACAGUAAAGACUCUGAAGUCCCCGACGACGAUGCGCGCCUCAACCUCUUCAAGAACGCCUUCGGCGCCUCGCGCAAGCUGCCGGUCGACGACUCGAAGACGCGUGCAGGAGGCGCAUACAUCCCGCCUGCGCGCCUGCGCGAAAUGCAGAAGAAUAUCACCGACAAGGCGACACCGGAGUUCCAACGCAUGGCCUGGGAGGCGCUAAAAAAGUCGGUACAGGGUCUGAUCAACAAGACCAACACCGCCAACAUUAAGAUGAUCGUUCCCGAGCUUUUCAGUGAAAAUCUGAUCCGCGGGCGCGGACUCUUUUGCAGAGCGAUCAUGAAGGCGCAGGCUGCUAGUUUGCCGUUCACCCCAAUCUACGGCAGCAUGGUGGCUAUUGUCAACACCAAGCUGCCGCAGGUGGGCGAUCUGUUAGUCAGGCGGUUGAUUGUGCAGUUCAGGAAGGGGUUCAAGAGGAAUGACAAGGCUGUGUGCUUGGCGAGUACAAUGUUCCUCAGCCAUCUUGUCAAUACGCAGGUCGUGCACGAGGUGCUCAUUGCUGAGAUCUUGCUUCUGCUGCUCAACAAGCCAUCGGACGACUCGGUGGAGAUUGCGGUGGGCAUCAUGAAGGAGGUUGGCGCGUUUUUGGAGGAGAUGAACAUGGCGAUUGCCAAUGCGAUUUUCGACCAGCUGAGAAAUAUUCUGCACGAAGCGGAUAUCGACAAGCGUACACAAUACAUGAUCGAGGUGCUGUUUGAGGUCAGACGGACAAAGUACAAGGAGCACCCUACAGUCAGAGAGGAUUUGGAUCUUGUAGAAGAGGAGGACCAGAUCACACACAGACAUACAUUGGAGGACGACGUCAAGGUUGAGGACGGUCUCAACAUUUUCAAGUUUGAUGCAGACUACGAAGCGCAUGAGGCAGAGUAUCAGAAGAUCAAGGCAGAGAUUUUGGGAGAAGAGGAAGGAAGCGAUGCCGAAUACACAGACGCAUCGGACUCGGACGAGGAAGACGAGGAGCAAAAGGCAGAGGACGUGAAGGAUCAGACGAACGCCGACCUUGUCAGUCUGCGCCGGACGAUCUACCUCACUAUCAAGUCCAGCGGUGGCUUCGAGGAGUGCUGUCACAAGCUGAUGCGCAUCAAUUUGCCCCAUGGUCUCGAAAACGAACUCACAACGAUGAUUGUCGAGUGCGCCAGCCAGGAGCGCACAUACGAGAAGUUCUACGGUAUGAUUGGCGAGCGCUUCUGCAAGAUCAACCGCAUGUGGACCGACUUGUUCGAAGAAGGUUUCGCACAUUACUACGACACCAUACAUCGCUUCGAAACCAACCGUCUGCGCAUCAUCGCCCAGUUCUUCGCACACCUUCUGGCCACAGAUGCGAUUGGGUGGCAUGUUUUCCAGGUCAUCAAGUUGAACGAGGAGGAUACAACAUCAUCAUCACGUAUCUUCAUCAAGAUUCUGUUCGAAGAGCUGCUCUCCUUCAUUGGUCAGAAAGAGGUCGUUGCGCGUUUCAAGGACCCCGUGCUGCAGGAUAGCCUUACAGGAGUCUUCCCCACAGACGCAGACGACCAGGCUAAGACUCGCUUCUCGAUCAACUUCUUCACCGCCAUCGGGAUGGGCGUGCUCACGGAGGGCAUGCGCGAGUGGCUGAAGAAUGCGGCGCCGAAGCCGAAGCCACUUCCCGAGCCUGAGAGUGACAGCGAGGACUCGCGGAGCGUCUCGAGCUAUUCCUCGUACUCGUCGUACAGGUCCUAUAGCUCUUAUUCUAAUUGAAGAACGACUUCUUGCCUUUCAUCUUGAGUUUUGUAAGCGACACACAUUAGCCUGAAGCAUUUCUAUAGCAAGUUCUGGAAAAUACAGCAUCGUUCUCAAAUACAACCACCAACAUCUUUCGCAACCUAGUAUAUGUUAGUAUACAGUGAUUUUAUUCCUGUU